AUGGAUCCGUAUUCGCCUGAGGGAGAGCUCAUUAACAUCCACACUGCGUUCCACGCCGGCGCAUACCAACAAGUCCUCGACUUUGACACCUCCUCCUUCUCCUCCAGCAAUGCGCUGCCUGUCCGAGUCUUGAAGGCACGCUCACAAAUCGCUCUUGGCCAAGCAGAAACCGUCUCCUCCGAGUUCGCCAGCGAAAAGACACCAGACCUUGCUGUUGUAAAGCUGCUGGCAGAUCUCGAGCAAGGCAAGGACGUCACAAGUGCAGCGAAGAAGCUGGUAGAACAGCACGGCCAGGAGAACAUGACUGUACAGAUCAUUGGAGGCAUGAUCUUGGAGCGGGCAGGCGAGACAGAAGAGGCUCUUGCGCUGCUGAGCAAGCACCAGGGCAGUCUGGAUGCCGUUGCUCUCAUUGUACAGAUUCACCUCCAGCAGAACCGCACAGAUCUCGCAGCCAAGGAGGCUCAGCGUGCACGGAAAUGGGCACAGGACAGUCUGCUCGUUAAUAUUGCCGAGUCCUGGGUUGGCAUGCGCGAGGGCGGUGAGAAGUACCAAUCUGCGUUCUACGUAUUCGAAGAGCUCGCCCAGACCUCGCAAUCGCAGUCAUCACACUCGCUCGUCGCACAGGCCGUCUCGGAACUGCACCUUGGUCGCUUGCCAGAGGCUGAAGCCGCUCUUCAACAGGCCAUUGAGAUCGACCCCAAGUCGGCAGACACAAUUGCAAAUCUGAUCGUCCUCAACACAUUACUUGGAAAGACUGAGGAGACAGGACUGUUGAAGCAGCAGCUCCAGAGCGUCGAUGCCCAACACAGAGCGGUUCAGGACUGGGCAGAAAAGAAGAGCGAUUUCCAGAAGGCGGCGGCGAAGUAUACACCCAAAUUUGAGGUUGCUGCUUAGAGGGGGUACGACGGAGGAUACAAAGAAGAUGCCAAAUAGGCCACAGGUACACUUGGAGGUACAGGAGCGGCUUGUUUCGAUCAGCACGGGCAGCGCUCGAAGAUGAGACGAGUAUCUUGGCGAAGAAUGAAAUUACAUGAACAUCGCCAAGAUUCCGGUUGCUCGAUUUCCCAUCACGGUUCACGGCUAAUCGUUCAAGAAGUUUCAGCUGUAGUCAGCUCCCGUCAUGACAGCUCGCCUGCUUC